GACACGCCUUUGUAAUUAGAAGACGAUCGGCAGAGUAUCGUAUUUCGUAUCGGCUCCGAUAUUUCGUCCUAUAAUACCGGACAAAGAAUUAGGGCUUCGUUGUUCUCUGGGCGGCUCCCCUAAACCCUCCCUCCUCCCACCCUUCUCCCCGUCGGCGUUGUGCUCGAUUAUGUUGGACAUCAAUCUUUUCCGGGCGGAGAAGGGCUUCGACCCCGAGCUCGUCCGCGAGUCUCAGCGUCGCCGGUUCGCCAGCGUCGAGGUCGUCGAGGAGAUCAUCCACCUCGACAGAGAAUGGCGCCAGCGCCACUUUGAGCUCGAUGGGCUGAGGAGGGACGCCAAUCGCCUCACUAAGGAGGUCAAAAAUCUCAAAAUUGCAGGGAAAGAUGCGACGGAGGUGAUAAGUAGCACGGAGGAGACCAAAAAGCUGAUAGCGGCGAAGGAGUUGGAGGUCCAGGAGGCGAAGGCUACACUGGAUUCAAAACUCGAGACUAUCGGCAACCUCAUUCAUGACUCUGUUCCAGUUAGCAAUGAUGAGGCAGAGAAUGCAGUAAUUCGGACUUGGGGGGAGAAACGGACGGAAGGGAAGUUGAAAAUUCAUGUGGACCUGGUCAAGCUCCUUGACAUUGUAGAUUUGGACAAGGGUGCUGAUGUUGCUGGUGGAAGAGGUUUCUAUCUGAAGGGAGCGGGCGUCUUGUUGAAUUUGGCGUUGAUUAACUAUGGUUUGGCAUUUUUGAGAAGCAGAAAUUACCAACCAAUGCAGACUCCUUUUUUCAUGCGGAAAGAUAUAAUGGCAAAAUGUGCUCAAUUGGCUCAAUUUGAUGAAGAACUUUACAAGGUUACGGGUGAAGGAGAUGACAAAUAUCUGAUUGCCACUGCUGAACAACCAUUGUGUGCAUACCAUCUAAAUGAUCGAAUUUAUCCUCAAGAUCUUCCCGUACGAUAUGCUGGGUAUUCAACCUGCUUCCGGAAGGAAGCUGGUUCACAUGGUCGAGACACAUUGGGUAUUUUCAGAGUCCACCAAUUUGAAAAAGUAGAGCAGUUCUGCAUCACUAGUCCGAAUGGUAGCGACUCGUGGGAGAUGCACGAAGAAAUGCUGAAGAAUUCAGAGGAUUUCUAUAAGGAGCUGAACAUUCCCUAUCAAGUUGUUGCCAUAGUUUCCGGUGCCUUGAAUGAUGCAGCAGCUAAGAAGUAUGAUUUGGAAGGGUGGUUUCCUGCAUCAAAGACAUAUCGGGAGUUGGUUUCUUGUUCAAAUUGCACGGACUACCAAUCCAGGAGGCUAGGGAUCGGAUAUGGGCAAAAGAAGAAUGAUGAGCAAUCAAAGCAGUAUGUCCAUAUGUUAAAUUCUACUUUAACGGCAACUGAAAGGACUAUUUGUUGCAUUUUGGAGAACUAUCAGACCGAACAUGGAGUUGAAAUUCCAAAAGUCUUACAACCCUACAUGGGUGGCAUAGAAUUCCUUAGCUUCAAGACAGAACCUGAAGCCAAAACAAAAAAGUCUAAAGCCAAGGAAAAUGCUGGGCCACAAGCAGGCAAGUAAAUUUACGCAGGCAUGACAUGAGUACCAUUCAGAGCCUAGUGGUGUUGAGAUUUUUGGAAUCUUUGGUGAUUACAUUGUUGACUAUUUUGAUGCGCAUUGAUUUUGUCAAGAAGUUGGAAUCCUGAUAUAAGAGAGAUUGGUAGUUAAACAUUUCAACACAAUGAACAUGCAUAUGAUUAAUUAAUUAUCAAGCCUGGACAAGUUUCGUUGACCCUGAA